UGACAUACACAUAUCCAUCUUGAAGAAUCAUAAUCGAACUCGACCUCUCCGCCGAUCGACAGUUUAAAACUGCUUUGCGAUCAAUUUGAAACGUGUCUUGUAGGAGAAUCUGCCGUUGUUUCUCGCAUCGUCUUUUUGUUUUCGGGAUUCUGGUGUCAGUGCUUCUUCGGUGUUCACGAAAAUGAGCGAGAAGAAAACUGAAUCUCGGGAAUUUGACGAGAAAUUGAAGAAGGAAAAGCAAGAAAAAGACGCAAAGAAAAAAGAGCAAUUCAAGAAAUUAAUGGAAGAUGCCAAGAAGAAAGUGGAGAAAUUAACAGAAAAGCCUAAGAUAGAAACUUCGCAAAGCAUCAAGACUACGUCUAAAAUCUCUACUUCUAAUAAACUUAAGGAUCCUAAAGUUACAGAAACAUGUCAAAUAUCCAAGACUAUGACCGAAUUGUCUAUCUCCAGUAAGCCUGACAAUUCUGAAGCUAUAGAAGAAGAAUUCCAAAUGUCCAAAACAUUCACUUUUAUGCAACCUGAGACUUCCAAAGUAUGCCAAAAGCCUAACAUUACGUCAAAAAUUUACACUUCCAGCAAAGCUGAUCGUAAAUUUCCAGAAGUAUGCGAAAUGCCGAAGAUCGCAUCCGAAACGUGCACUUCUGACAAAUCUAAGAAUCGUAAAGUUCCAGAAAUGCACAAGAUUACAUCGAAAGAAUCCACCAAGCUAGAGACUUCUGAAAUUCCAAAAACAAGAAUGUUCCAAAUGCCCAAGACUACGUCCGAAGGGUCCAUCGAAUUUGAGACUCCUGAAAUUCCAAAAGCUGAAAAAAUGUUUCAAAUAUCUGAAAUGCUCAAAACUACGUCCGAAGGAUCCAUCGAAAUUAAGACUCCUGAAAUUCUAGAAGCUGCAAAGGUAUGCCAAACACCCAAGAUUAUAUCUGAAGAGUCCACCAAACUUGAGACUCCUCAUAUUUCACAAGUUGCAAAAGUGUGCCUACUGCCCAAGACCGAAGUGGACGAAGUCACCCGUAUUAUAAGUGAAACUUUUGAAGAUCCAAACAUUGCAGAAAUGUGCCAAAUGCCCGAGAGUUCUCAGGAAGUCCAGACUACGUCCGAAUCUUUCAACAAAAUAGAGGAAGUUGAAAUGUCAAAAGAAUGUUCAACGUGCAAUACCAAAAUCGAAAUAUAUGGAAAUACAGAAUCAUGCUUAAAGUGUAGUUCUAUACCGGCCAUUCCCAUAACAAGUGAUGAAAUGGAAAAACUAUUAAUACAUAGUAGAUCAAAACCUAUAGACGAUGAGUCCACUACUAUAGAUGAGCCUACCAAUAUAGCCUCUAUUCUAGCUAAUGAUUACAAGUUAGACGAGAAAGAAAAGGACGAUUUAAAAAAUUUCAUUAAGCUUGAAGAAAGUCAACUUGAAGAAGAUUUUAUUGAAGAGGACUCUACGAAAUCAGCUGAUGAUACUGGCAAAACAGUAAUGAUACCCGUCAUCGAAAAAGUUGAAUUAGCUCGAGACGUGAUUAAUGCACGUAAAUUCUGGCCACCUAUGUCAGCACCGAACUUUGAAGAACAUCAUUUGAUCCUGGCAACGCAUCAUUUAGUGCCCUCACUGCCGAUUGGACUCUUCGAAAUGUUUGCAGAAAUGAUCGAAGUUGUCACGAAGAAACCAGUUGUCUUGUUGCACGAGUGCAGAAACAACCGACCUAUCGCUACGGAAGUCACCGAUAUAGUUAUCUUGCCCGCGGCCGAAACAUGGAAAGACGGUGUACUCUUACCCGCAAGCUUUGUUUUUGAUCAUCGUUUAAAUAAAGACAAGUUAGCCAGCAUAUACGCCGAUGUAAUCGUCGCAAAGGAUCGUGCUCCGCAUAUUCAAAAUAUCAUGGAUUUGCGAGGAUAUAGAUGCGCUGUUCCAAAUGAACGACACCAAUUCUCCGCCGCUGGAUUACUCCUUAAUUAUUUGCACUCAAAAGGCGAAAACGUGAUAUUUUUUGGCAAUACACUCGAUGCUAGCACGCAGCUCCAAGUACUGGAAAUGGUCGCCAGUAAGCAGGCGGAAGUGGGAAUUCUGGAAUCAACGACGAUAAGAUGUAACAAGUACAACGUACCCGGUGUGGAUUCUCUUCACAUUCUCACCAGCCUGGGACCUUUGCCGCCCUACCGCAUUAUGAUCAAAAAUACAUUAGUGGAUGAACUGGCUGAAAAACUUACAUCUUAUCUACUAAACAUAGAUAAGUAUGAAGAAUGGCUGGAGCGACUGUCGCCCUAUGGCGUCAUAGGUUUUGCCAAGAACUCUAUGGAUUACUACAAUCUGAUUGAUAAAAAGUGCGUAGACACUAAGGUGCCCUACUAUUAAAAUUAUUUUACAUUAUUUAUUGUUUACUUCUGUCUUUUAUCGUUUUAUACAUAUAUACAUUUAUAAAUGAAUUCUCUUUUUUGCUUGAAUAUAACAUGUGAUAUUUUAUUAAAUUUAAAUAAAUAUAA